AUGAGUUCUCCCGGCACGGAGAGCUCCGGCAAGAGCUUGCAGUACCGGGUGGACCAUCUCCUGAGCGCGGUGGAAAACGAGCUGCAGGCUGGCAGCGAGAAGGGAGACCCCACGGAGCGGGAGCUACGAGUCACUCUGGAGGAGAAUGAGCUGUGGUUGCGCUUCAAGGAGCUCACCAACGAGAUGAUCGUGACCAAGAACGGCAGGCGGAUGUUCCCCGUGCUGAAGGUGAGCGUGUCCGGCCUGGACCCCAACGCCAUGUACUCCUUCCUGCUGGACUUCGUGGCCGCCGACAAUCACCGCUGGAAGUACGUGAACGGGGAGUGGGUCCCCGGGGGCAAACCCGAGCCGCAGGCCCCGAGCUGCGUCUACAUCCACCCGGACUCGCCCAACUUCGGAGCGCACUGGAUGAAGGCGCCGGUUUCCUUCAGCAAAGUCAAACUCACCAACAAGCUCAAUGGAGGGGGGCAGAUCAUGUUGAACUCCUUGCACAAGUAUGAGCCUAGGAUUCAUAUAGUGAGAGUUGGUGGCCCUCAGCGUAUGAUAACCAGCCAUUCCUUCCCAGAGACCCAGUUUAUAGCUGUGACAGCUUAUCAGAAUGAGGAGAUCACAGCUUUAAAAAUUAAAUACAAUCCAUUUGCAAAGGCUUUCCUUGAUGCCAAAGAAAGAAGUGAUCACAAAGAUAUGAUGGAUGAAGUUGGAGACAAUCAACAGUCUGGGUAUUCACAGUUAGGUGGCUGGCUUAUUCCUGGAACUGGGAGUCUGUGCCCCCCCUCCAAUCCUCAUGCUCAAUUUGGAGCGCCUCUAUCACUGUCCUCUGCUCACAGCUGUGAAAGAUUCUCAUCGCUGAGGAAUCAUCGUUCUGCCCCUUACACCAAUCCAUAUGCCCAUAGAAACAACUCUCCAACCUAUGCUGAUAAUUCCUCGGCCUGUCUUUCCAUGCUCCAAUCCCAUGACAACUGGUCCAGUCUAGGAGUUCCCACACACACUAGUAUGCUGCCCAUGAGUCACAGCACUGGUACAUCUACCAGCUCCAGUCAGUAUCCCAACUUGUGGUCUGUGAAUAACAGCACCAUCACACCCGUGUCUCAGUCAGGUGGGAUGUCCAAUGGACUGAGCUCCCAGUUUUUGCGAGGCUCUCCAGCACACUACCCACCUCUUCCUCACUCUGUCACUGCCUCCUCCUCGGGAUCUCUGCUGUAUGACGCUGGCACACCAACAGACAUUUCUGACAGUCAGUAUGAUACCUCUGCACAUAAUAGGCUGGCAUCCACAUGGACUCCUGUCACACCACCUUCCAUGUAA